AGUGUUCGGACAGGAAGGGGGGGAAGUGUCCGGACUGGAAGGGGGGGAAAGUGUCCAGACUGGGAGGGGGGGGGUAAAGUGUCCGGACUGGAAGGGGGGGGGAAGUGUUCGGACAGGAAGGGGGGGAAGUGUCCGGACUGGAAGUGUCGGACUGGAAGGGGGGGGGGGGGGGGGGGGGGGGGAGUGUCCGGACAGGGAGUGGUUUUACCUUUCCUUGAACAUGAGUGGCCUGGUGGUGUUACACUGGGCUGGGGGGGCCCUGGAAGGAGCGGGUUGGAGGAGAGCGUCGUC